AUGGCUGAAAGCAGCCAGGGCAUCCCAACGAACAGCGGGGCUGGCAGCGAGCGGGACCCGGCGGCCAGCAGCAACUUUCCCGAGUACGAGAUGCCGGAGCUGAACACACGCGCUUUCCACGUGGGCGCCUUCGGGGAGCUGUGGCGUGACCGGCUGCGCGGGCAGGGGGACCUGUCGCUGAAGGAGCCGCCGGCAUCCGAGCUACCCGGGCCAGGAGGGGUCGCCGACCCGGGCUGGGACGAUGCCGCGGCGGCGCGGGAUCUGGGCUGCGACCUGGAGGCAGCGACCGAGCUGAGGGCAGUUUGCGGUCUCGAUAAACUGCGGUGCCUUGAGGAGGACCAGGACCCAGAAGUCAUCCCAGAGGAUACUGGCCUACUGACUUUGGGAGUUAGAAAGGAGAUUUUGGAACGUCGGGAAGAAACAUUAACGAUAGAUCGGGCCUGCAGACAGGAAGUACUUGCUUAUGAGAUGGAGUCACAUGCCAUAGGGAAAAAACCUGAAAAUCCAGCAGACAUGAUUGAAGAGGGGGAACUUAUCCUAUCUGUGAAUGUCUUCUACCCUGUUAUUUUUCAUAAGCACAAAGAACACAAACCAUACCAGACGAUGCUGGUACUGGGCAGUCAGAAGCUCACGGAACUAAGGGAUUCAAUUUGCUGUGUCAGUGACCUCCAGAUUGGUGGGGAAUUCAGCAACACUCCGGACCAGGCCCCUGAGCACAUCAGUAAAGACUUAUACAAAUCAGCCUUCUUUUAUUUUGAAGGAACGUUUUAUAACGAUAGAAGAUACCCUGAAUGCAGAGAUCUGAGCAGAACUAUCAUUGAGUGGUCAGAGUCCCACGACAGAGGCUAUGGAAAGUUUCAGACUGCUAAAAUGGAAGACUUCACCUUCAAUGACUUAAAGAUUAAAAUGGGUUUUCCCUAUUUAUACUGCCACCAGGGAGACUGUGAACAUGUAGUUGUCAUUACUGACAUAAGGCUUGUGCAUCGAGAUGACUGCUUGGAUAGGACACUUUAUCCCCUUCUUAUCAAGAAGCACUGGCUAUGGACCAGAAAAUGUUUUGUUUGUAAAAUGUUCACAGCCAGAUGGGUGACCAACAAUGACAGUUUUGCACCAGAUGAUCCAUGUUUCUUUUGUGAUGCUUGCUUCCGAAUGCUUCACUAUGACUCAGAAGGCAACAAACUGGGAGAAUUCCUUGCUUAUCCUUAUGUUGAUCCUGGAACGUUUAAUUAA